AUGACUCGUAUAAACGGCCACACGGAUGCUAAUUCUCACAAUGAUCCAGGGGCUGCUCCGGAGAUUGUGUCAGAAUCGAAUGAUAUAGAUUUAGUUGAAGGUCGACAACAUUUCAUCAAACCUCCUACAAAGACCUAUCAGGCUAUGUUACUUCUUGCAGGAUCCAUGAUGAUAUUCCAUGUGAUUGGGAUAAAUCAAGUUUUCGGUAUCUUUCAAGAGUUCUAUACUUCGUCUCGAAGUAACAUCAAAGAUGCUCAAGGUCAAGAUGCACUCGUGUCGCUCGUUGGCUCUAUUGGAGCAGGGCUCACAUGGAGCGGAAGCAUCUUCAUGAACCCUCUUAUUGCAAGAAUAGAUAACAUCAAACUCGUCACCUUUUCUGGGGCUUUCAUCAUGAGCCUAGGACUCAUCCUAGCCAGUUUUGUCACUCGUAUAUGGCAUUUAUACUUGACUCAAGCUCUCCUAUAUGGUUUGGGGUCUUCAAUGUAUUACUUUCCGCUCAUGACCCUUGCGCCGAUUUACUUUGACCGCCACCGUGGAUUCGCCAUGGGGACCAUCCUUGCUGGAAGUGGCGUUGGAGGCCUGGUAAUGGCCUUGGUGCUACAAUUUCUACUAGAUCAUUAUGGUAUACAAUGGGCGUUACGGAUAUUGGGUGUCUGGAAUCUGGCUGUCGCUGUUCCUGUGUCUAUGGUGAUUAGACAUCGGGUGGGAUAUGGCCUUGGUUUACAAAGUCAGAGGGCAUCUCAGAACAGAGCUCGUACCAUGGUCAAUAAUGCCUUAUUGAGGAAGGGUACAUUUUGGUAUCAGUCUAUCGGAGCGUUUUUGCAAGCAGCAGGGAAUGUCGUGCCCUUGUAUUACAUGUCCUCGUACACUGUAUCAGUUCUUGCAUUGUCUGAUUCAAAGGGAAGUUUGUUCGUGAGUAUCAACAGCGGCGUGAAUAGCUUGUCCCGUAUAGCAAUGGGCUUACUCGCGGAUUAUAUCGGGAGACAGAACACAUUGAUCGGCGGGGCGAUGCUCUCUGCUGUGUCAGUCUUUGCACUGUGGUAUAAUGCUCCGCAAGCACGAUUCAUAGCGUUCGUGGUCAUGUACGGUGUUUACGCCGGUGGGUACAAUGCGCUACUUCCAACUACUAUCACGGAGAUAUACGGAGUGGAGAAUUAUGCUAGCGUGAAUGGGGUGAUGUACUUUAUACGAGGCUUGGGCUCCAUGUUUGGUGCUCCAAUUGCCGGGUUGAUACUGGGAUCACAUAGUAGGUCUCCAAUUUUGAGCAACAACGGGGAUAGUACAAGUACAGUUGGACUUGGACCGAUAAAGAGAAGGUAUAAUGAUGUGGUGAUUUUUGACGGAAUGCUUUUGCUUGCUGCCGCAGUGUGCGUGGGAUAUGUUCGGUGGUUAGAUGCUAGAGACAAAGGCUCAUGGAGAUGGAAAGCUUAG